GCGGUCGGCUGCAGGCUGCCGGACAGAGUGGCCCACAGAGCCGCCCAGGGAGGUCGUCCAGGCUUACUCUGUGCCAGCUCUGCCUCAAGCCGCCAGCAUAGGCCAAGGCCCAGGGCGUGCACUGGCCGCCGUCAUGCCCGCCGCGUCUCCCACGGGGCCCUGGGCCCCCGCGGCCCCCAACGCCACGGUGGCGGCGGCGGCGGCGGCCAACGUCAGCGUGCCCGAGGUGCCCCUGUUCCACCUGUUCGCCCUGCUGGACGAGGAGCUGCACGCCGCCUUCCCGGGCCUGUGGCUGGCACUGAUCGCGGUGCACGGCGCCAUCUUCCUGGCGGGGCUGGUGCUCAACGGACUAGCGCUGUACGUCUUCUGCUGCCGCACGCAGGCCAAGACGCCCUCGGUCGUCUACACCAUCAACCUGGUGGUGACCGACCUGCUGGUGGGGCUGUCCCUACCCACGCGCUUCGCCGUCUUCUACGGCGCGCGCGGCUGCCUGCGCUGCGCCCUCCCCCACGUCUUCGGCUACUUCCUCAACAUGCACUGCUCCAUCCUGUUCCUCACCUGCAUCUGCGUCGACCGCUACCUGGCCAUCGUGCAGCCCGACGGCUCCCGCCGCUGGCGCCAGCCUGCCUGCGCCAGGGCCGUGUGCGCCUUCGUGUGGCUGGCGGCCGGCGCCGUGACCCUGUCCGUGCUGGGCGUGAGAGCCGGCGGCGGGCCAUGCUGCCGCGUCUUCGCGCUGACCGUCCUGGAGUUCCUGCUGCCCCUGCUGGUCAUCAGCGUGUUCACGGGCCGCAUCGUGUGCGCGCUGUCACGGCCGGGCCUCCUGCGCCAGGGCCGCCAGCGCCGCGUGCGGGCCAUGCAGCUGCUGCUGACCGUGCUCGUCAUCUUCCUCGUCUGCUUCACGCCCUUCCACGCCCGCCAGGUGGCCGUGGCGCUGUGGCCCGAGGUGCCGAGCCACGCCAGCCUCGUGGCCUACCACGUGGCGGUGACCCUCAGCAGCCUCAACAGCUGCAUGGACCCCAUCGUCUACUGCUUUGUCACCAGCGGCUUCCAGGCCACCGUCCGAGGCCUCUUCCGCCGGCGCGGGGCGGAGCGCGAGCCGCACGGCAGCACCGUGGUCGGCAUGCAGAGGAGCUCGCGAGCCUCGGGCCGCAAGCACAUCCCGGGCCCCGGUCCCGGCGCCUUCACCCAGGACCUGGCUAACGGGCCAGAGGCUUAGUAGGCAGGACUCUGCAAGGGGACCGAAGGCCAGGACUGGACUGGGCAGGCCGGGUCGAGGACGGCACAGACGUCCGC